CCAAAAGCUUCUCCACGAAACCGGUCACCGGCUAGUUCUCGUUCCUUUCUCAACAAAGCCGCGUCUCUCGCACAGCGAAUCUCUACGAGGAAGCUAAUCAAGGAAAUCACAGAAACAGCAGCAAUCAUGUCAGUGCCUCAGCUUCAGAAACCGGCGCCCGCUUUCUCCGGCACCGCCGUUGUGAACGGACAAUUCAAGGACAUCAAACUCUCAGACUACAAGGGCAAAUAUGUCGUUCUGUUCUUCUAUCCAUUGGACUUCACUUUUGUGUGUCCGACGGAAAUCAUCGCUUUCUCCGACCGAGUGAAGGAAUUCAGCGACAUCAACUGCCAACUGAUCGCCGCUUCUACCGAUUCCCACUUCAGCCAUCUUGCAUGGGUGAACACGCCACGCAAGCAGGGCGGUCUUGGUGAGAUGAACAUCCCCUUGUUGGCAGAUAAGAGCUUCAAAAUUUCUCGUGAUUACGGCGUGCUUGAUGAGGAAACAGGAAUUCCUUUCCGUGGUCUUUUCAUCAUCGAUAACAAGCAAAAUCUACGUCAGGUCACCAUCAACGACCUGCCCGUCGGAAGAUCCGUGGACGAAACUCUGCGCUUAGUUCAAGCGUUCCAAUAUACCGACAAACAUGGUGAGGUGUGCCCAGCUGGCUGGAAACCCGGCAAGAAAACUCUGAAGCCCGAUGUCGAGGGUUCAAAGGAAUAUUUCAAAGAUCAAUAGACAAUAAGAUACAAAUAACACAUUCUUUAUACGUCCUAUUGAAUACACUUAUUUGUGUGUGUUUCAUAUUCUUUCGCCGCAUUUGCAGUUUGAUACUUAUGUACUCUUUGUCUAACAUAGACGUACAUAUCGCAACGAACAUUGAAUAUCCAUUAAAAUGUUCAUAUAUUUAGUUUAAUAUAAAACAAGUUUAUUUUCUA